CUUUCACAUACGCCCCACACCGAGCACUGCGCUGCACUGCACUGCAUUAUUAAGAUGAUCGUCUCUGCACGAUAAGCCCAACCUUGCGUCUUCACUUCUGCCACAAUCAUGACGACGCCUCCAAGCCCGCCUGCGCUGAAGUUCACUGGAUCCAGGCAUCUUGUCCAGCGUCUUGUGCUCGCGACCUUGACGGGCCGGCCAGUGCGGAUUUCCCAGAUCAGAGCCUCAUCGCACACCGCCCCAGGUCUCGCACCGCAUGAGGUCUCGUUCCUGCGACUGCUUGACGCGAUCACCAAUGGCAGCCAAAUAGAAUUCUCCUACACCGGCACCACAGUCCUCUACAAGCCCGGUCUGAUCACAGGCAGCGUCACCGGCCAUGGCGCGUCGGGAGGAGUAAUCCGACAUGAGCUGCCUGCCGACUGCACGCGCGGUGCCAGCUACUUUCUGAUCCCAUUAUGCCUCCUGGCGCCAUUUUCGAAAGCCCCAGUGAACGUGCUCCUUACUGGACCAGGUGUCAUCACUUCGGCCACACCCACUGGUGAUGUCUCGGUUGACACAGUGAGAACGGCCAUACUGCCGCUCUUUAAGAGCUAUGGCAUCGACAGGAAUUUGGAGCUGAGGAUUUUGCGGAGAUCGAAUCCAGGCGCGAAUGGCAAAGGUGGUGGAGGAGAGGUGCAGCUAAUAUUUGGACAUCAAGUCAGGCUUCCCAAGACAAUACACAUUCUAGACGCCGGACGAGUCAAGCGAGUGCGAGGCGUGGCGUAUGCGACUGGCGUGGCAGGCGCGAACAACGCGCGAAUGAUUGAGGCAGCAAGAGGUGUGCUGAACGAGUUCGUGCCGGACACAUACAUUUACUCCGACGUCAGUUCAGCACCUCUCAUUCCUGCGCCCGAAAGGAAUAACGCCAAUGCGAAGAAGAAGAUCGGGCUAGGCUUUGGGCUGAGCUUGGUAGCAGAGUCGAACACGAACGUACUAUAUUCUGCGGACGUUGCGAGCGAUCCAAACGGUGGAGAAGUGCCAGAAGAUAUAGGCAGGAGAUGCGCAUAUCAGCUAUUGGAGGCUACUGCACAAGGAGGCUGUGCGUCGAACAUAUCAGCUCCCAUGAUGCUGACUAUGAUGGCAAUGGGAAGUGAAGAUGUGGGUCGCUUGACUUUGGGCAAAGAAGUGUUGGGCACAGAGCAGGUCAUACAGCUCGCAAGAGACUUGCGAACAUUCGGUAUGAGUGGCUGGGGCUUGAAGGAAGAUGAAGAUGAAGAGGCUAUAGUGAGCAUUGUUGGAAGAGGUGUGGGCAACGUGGGCAGGAAGAUUGCUUGAGGACUCUCGAGAAUACUCGACACCUUGUUCGAACGCUCGCUGGUAUCACGUGGCUGGAAAUGACACCAUUCGCGCGUGCGGUGAACUGUCGCUUUUCAGGGCCAAUCACGAUAAAGGGUUGCGCGUGUCUGCACAUGCAAAACCUCACCUGGCUUCAGUUUAAAGCGGCGCAACAUUCAUUAUCCGAUCUCGCCCUGAACAACAACUUUACGGAAACGUCACAUAGUGCAACUUCGUAAAGAUUCCUCGCGCACCAGAGUGUUCCGCCGACUGCCAUUAUCUCCGAGCCAACUAAAACAGCAUCUUGAGGCCGCCUCCAAAAUGGAGAGCGACGACAUCGAAAUGGAAGAUGCGGACCAAGAGCAAGAAUUUUCGCAUCAAAAGGAAGAUGGAUUUCCGUCGCGCGAUGUCGAUCACAUUCUGGAGGCGAUUACGGAGCCGCAGAAGCAGAAGGAAGAAAUCAGCAACAAGCCAGAUCACCUUGUCGAGUCUCACGGCCCACCUCACAUCACCGAAAACCCUGGAUUCGAAGUCGGUAGCGUCCAUCAGACUAACGCUGUUGAGUCUGGACCCGGUGAGCAUUCACAUAUUUCCGAGGUGGGCGAGACUUGCAAGUCUGCAGAUAUCUCACCUGAGUUAAAUCCGGCCUUCACAACGAAGCUGCGAGACCCUGCAGUCAAGUGCAAAUGCCCUGCUGGCACUCUACGUCGGCGUAAGGAUAUGGUCUUCACGGGGGAUCGCGAUGGCAUGCUUACCUGGAUGCAUCUUCCCUGCAAGCCAUACUUAGCAGAAGUACCUGAGGAGUUAGUGGCUAGAAUUCGAGAGAGAAUCAAGCUGGUGACAGCAAACCCAGAUGGUCUCAGCACUAGUGUCCAAAUGCAGAAUAUACUCCUCCGCAUACUAGGCUCCAAUGCAACCGAACAGCAGAAG